AUGUCAAAGUUGGAUCUAUCGCCGUCAUCAACGACGACGAAAACUACCUUUCCGUCAACUCCGAAUCACGCUUCAGUCGAUAAUGGAGAUUUGAACUCCAACGCACAAGCACAACUACACUUGCAGUCAUUAUCUCCUACAUUUGGCCUCAAACGACAGGAAAUUUCAGGAAAGCACACCCAUAGAAAUGAUCCAAACCUUCACGAAUCACAUAGGUAUCAAAAAUAUGAUGAUCGGUCCCAUCAAUGCUCUCCUUUGUCCACCCCGAAAAGAUUGUCCUUCGACCACUUGCCACAGAAAAAUAAUAACAAUAGUGCAAAGCAUCCCAACCACCAAGCGAAUUCCACAACUCAAUAUACCGACAGGGAUCCCAUGUCUCCACGUCAGCCAUUAUCACCUUCACCAGCACCUUGUAACGAAGCGAUGAAUAAAUUGCAUGCCAAAUUAGAGCACACUGGUAAUAACGACAGCACCAAAUACAUCACCACCACCACCACUGUACAUCCCAUAUCCAGACUCCGAUCCCCUAACUCAUCACUGCUAUUGUCACCAUAUACCCAGCAUACAUCUGCUUUGCAUUCACAGUCUAAUAUUAUUGGCACAGGCUCUAGACCUUCUACACCAUCGGGAUAUGAAUCACCAGUCAAGGAAACUAAUCGUGUUUUAUUAGAAUAUGACCCCAUAACGAAAAGAAAAGUCUUGAAUACUUUUGAGAUAUUGAAGGAAAUUGGAAGAGGUGAACACGGUAAAGUCAAGUUGGCCAAGGAUUUAAUAAAUAACGAACUUGUUGCCAUCAAGAUUGUCAAUCGAAAAUCAAAGAAGGAGAGACCGUCAUUGAGAAUACGAAACAACACAAAUGGCAAAACCAGUAGUAUUAGCGAUCACGAAUUGAAAAUAAAGAGGGAGAUUGCCAUUAUGAAGAAAUGCCGCCAUAAGCACAUUGUUUCACUAAAGGAGGUUCUAGAUGACACAAGUUCAUUCAAGAUAUACCUAGUAUUGGAGUAUAUGGAAAAGGGUGAAAUCAAGUGGAAAAGGCUUCAGCAAGAUGUACAGAAUGGCAAAAAUCAGCUGAACAAUGACUGCAGUGACCUGGAAAUACCGUGUUGCAGAGGAAAUGGGCUGGGCCCUCGACAACCUCAUCAUCGUUUUUCCACUAGCGAAGAGGAUCUAUUAUCAAAUGAAUAUAGUCCCAACUUGACUUUUAAACAAUCAAGAAAGAUAUUCAGGGACGUAUUAUUGGGUUUGGAAUAUCUUCAUAUGCAGGGGAUUGUGCAUCGUGAUAUAAAGCCCGCAAAUUUGUUGGUUUCAUCCGAUAAUGUUGUUAAAAUUAGCGAUUUUGGAGUUUCCAUCGCUUCAUCAUUGAUUGAGGAAGAUCAGGGUGUUUUGGUUAAUGAGUUGGAUUUGGCCAAGACGGCUGGUACACCAGCUUUUUUUGCUCCUGAAUUGUGUCAAUUCGACGAUGAUGAGGAUAAUGCUAGCAACAGUAACAGCAACAGUAACAGCAACAGAAGCAUUAGUAGCAGUGUUGGUAAAUCGGAGGAUAGCAUUAGCGGCUCCCUGACGAGUCCCAAAUCGCUGAAAAUUGACUACAAAAUUGAUAUCUGGGCACUUGGGGUUACUUUGUACUGUUUGUUGUUUGGCAAAGUUCCCUUCAAUGCUGACUCGGAAUUUGAACUUUUCAAUGUGAUUGUGAACCAACCAUUAGAAUUCCCACCCGAUAUCAAGUCAUUUCAUCCCCCCGGUCCAGUAACCGACGAAGAGUUUGAGUUGGCGAAGGAUUUACUUGGGAAGCUCUUGCGUAAAAAGAGUUCAGAACGUAUUACAAUACAAGAAAUCAAGGAGCAUCCAUUCACAUUAAUGGACCUUGACAAUAAUUUGGACGCAUUGCAUGAGCUAUUUAAUUUAAACACAACAUCCGCAACAAGUCCUUUAGAUUUCAACUUGAGCGAUCAGGAUAUUGUAACUAAUGACGAAAUCGAAAAUGCCGUCAUUGGUUGCGGCACUAGAAUCAAGAGAAGUUUGGUAAGGGCGAUUAAGGCCGGAGGAAUCAAAGAUUCAGAAUUGAAGAACAAGUUUCAUGCUUUGCAAAUGGAGCACUCGAGAAGCGAAUCCAGUGAUGAAUCUUCUAGUGGAUACUCGACUUUUAAUUCAAGUUACAAGCUUAAUUCUAUGCAGAACAAUAAUCACUCGGUCAUCUUAUCUGAACAGCCAAUGGCUGUUGCAUCUCCAUUACAAUUGAAUGGCGACGACCCACGAGUUACAAAGACGAGAUCGCGUAAUGAUUCAUUUACCCACAAUCCUCAUAUCCCAUCGCAUUUGUCGCAGCAAGUCUCGAGCAAUUCCAGCUCACCUGUGUCUGUGCAUACACCAGUUGCUAUUUCCAGCACUUCUGGAUAUAAAGAAGGUGGCACUAAAAGCUUACUUCAUGAGAGAUUGGAAUCUUCUCAAAGUGGGACCCCAAGUAGAAGGGGAAGUUUUGCUCGGAAAAGUUUCAUCCAUGAUAUAAUUGAAUCGCACAGUGGAGCUUCAAGUAGAAGAGGGAGCGCUGCUGCCAUUCCAAUUGUUGAAGCGCCACAAAUUGAAACGAAACGAAAUGUCGGAGGAAACUUGUACUUGAAGAAUCAAUCGAUUGUUGACACAUUUAAGGGAAUACAAGAGCAAGAUGAUAAACGAAGACGUUCAAGCUUGUUUUCCAAUCAAGUCAGUUCAUCACACAAGGGUUCAAUCUCGCAUGAGGUACAUGGUAAUCAAUCAAUGCCGGGACUACAAGUAUAUACAAACCAACUGGAGAUGCAGCCGCAAGCACAACCACAACCACAACCACAGCCACCAUCGUCCUUAUCCAAGGAUACAACCUCAGCGCUAGUUACACCAAUUCCAGUCCCUGCAGUCAAACCAAACUUUGAAUUUUUCCGCAACAAUAACCGUUUGAAGCUGGAUGAAAUGUCAGGAGAUGAUCCUAUCAGAGGACCCACUGGUGACCGACAUUUGUACAACUAUAUUGACAAAUCGAGCGGUGAUAACAACCUGGCAGAUGCCGAUGCAGAUGCUGGUGUUGAUCCAGUGGGAGCCUCAUUUAUGUCCUUACCUUUGACUGGAAGUUUUGCAUCAUUGGAUAGUAUCAAUGACGAAGUAUUGCAUUUGAAGUAUAAGCCAUAUACCAUAACGGAUCCAGUCGAGCAACGUCCAAUUACAUCAUUAAGGAAAAGGUCAAGUUUUUCCGACUCGAAUUUACUCAAAAAGAGUUUCAAUGACCCCGCAUCUGAAUUGAACAACAAGUUUGAGUCUUUUAAUUUGGAAAAUCUGAUGAAUUUUGGCAAGUCCAGACCCAAUAAAAAGAGACCCAGUGAUGAUGAUGGUGUUGCGCCUGGUGCAAAGCCUGUUGUUUCUUUGAGUAGGCAUUCUAGCAGCGAAUCAUACUCGUCGUAUUCUUCCUCCAGUGGUGAUUCUGAAAAUGACUCAGCCGCUGAAGAGGAUGACGAAGGGGAGGACGACGACCACGAGGGCUACGAUGAUGAUGACUCAGAUGAAGAGGAUUUGUCAUUUGCUUUCCACUCGAAAGUGACACCUUCAAGAAAACCACCAUUCUUAUCAUUUGGUCAACGUUCCAAAUCGCAUGAUUCGAGGUUGCCUUACAUAGUAUCGCGUGAUAAUUCUGCUUUGGCAUCAGACGCCGUUAUCUUCAAUAGUGAUUCGCAUGAUUUUGAAGACGUUCCAAUUGAUCUACUCGAUUCUACGACUCCGGAUAACGCUUCCAGAUCUACUGUUCAAUCUGUACAAUUUAAGCAAGGACCGCCAUCAUCUCGUGGAAGUAAUGCAUCACCGGCAGCAAAGCUUGUGCCACCCCCAGGAAAGCAUCUCGACCCAUCGUCAACAAAGUACCUUGAUCCAUCAACUGCGGGACCAGUUCGCUUCUCUGCACAAUCACAACCACCACAAUCACAAAAAGACUCUAUGGAAAAGGAUGACUCACAAACGGGACCCUCAGACAAGAAAGCUCGGUUCUUGGCCCGGCUUGCUGCCGCCACCACCACAUCACAACAACAUAAACAACCGCCAUCGACUCCACAAUCCAUACUUCGUGAAAACAUUUUCCACCAUCAAUUUAAUAACCAUUACAAUAAGGCGCCAGUGUAUUCUAAUUUCCCGCAAUCAAAUCAUUUGGGAAACAAUCCGCAGCAAAUUGUCGAGUCUUCGGUAAUGAAGUAUAAACAGAACCGGCCUAGCUAUUAUCGAUCGAAUUCGGUCGCGGUGGGGAUCUUGCAGCAUACACUGGAUGAAAUGUUGGAUGAAAUGAUUGAACAAAGAAGGCAGAAAGCGUGA